UAUAUAUACCUAUUUAUAUUUAUGUAUAAGGAAUGAAAAAACACAUUCUUUUCCCACCCGUCCCGGUACCGGGGCUGGCCCAGCAAGAGGCUUGCUCGCCGUGCCUUGUCCCUACAGACUGGGACCCACGCGUCAGAUGUUUUUUUUUUCCUUCCUCACAACUGCCUCAGCCCCGCCUGAACCGCCCCACGUCGCGGCUCGCUCGCUAAACCGUCCGCCCAAGCCGCUCCUGUUCAAAAUACAUUGACCCUCGUCAUCUACACCCUCUCUCUCUCCCAAAUCCUCUCACUGCGAAUCUGCGAUGGCCGUUGCGCAGCGUCUCACCGCGCUGGAGCUCCACCAUUGCUGCUGCCCAACACCUCGUCAUACGUCGCGCCUAGACUUGAGCUCGCUGCGCGCUGGGAGCCCCGCCGAGUUCGCUGUUGAGCACCGCCGCGGAAGACUCUUCCUGCCGUGCGUCGUCGCAAGACUGCGAUCCAUUUCCGAGCUUCGAGGAAUCAACAGUCAAGCUUCGGCGACCAAGAGAUCGAACUCUUCGAGUUCUACGAGGCUGAAGAUCCUGAGCAUCUGUUUGGUGAAGGUUACCUUUGGUGCAAUCUAUGCUUAGGUAAAGAAGAAGGCGUCGAGGCGGAUCUCCAGGAGUUCCGGGGCUUCGAUGAGUUCGAGGAUUAGGCUAGCGACUACCCCCAGUCAGCUGCCUGUGGUGGGUUUAUUUACGUUGGCUACGUUUCUAUUCUGGGUACUUUGAUUAUAUUAUGUAAAUGACUCUAGUCUUUUAUAUUAUUACUUACUCUUU